AGAAAAACUAAUUAAUUGGUUUGUAAAAAAUUAAGGAAAACAAAAAAGAGUAAAAAGCUUUAUAUUAUUAUUAAUAUAAUCACUAUACAGAAAAUCCCUAUUAAAUACAUACAUAAAUACACAUUUCUUGUAAGUAGAAUUUCCGCAAAAAUGUUUUCCCAUUCUCCUUCUUCUAAAAAAAAUAACUUUAAAUCUUCAAAGUCAUUAAAUCAUGAUAAGCUUCAAUUAUAAACUGAAGAGCAUGUCCUUUUUAACUAUAUUCCAUGCAUUCCUAGCAUUACAUAAGAUAUAAAUAUUUAGGAAGUUAUAAAUAAGAGCUAGAUACAGUAUUAGCAACAAUAGCAGCAAUAUCUCCUGUCAUUAAAGAGAUCGUCAGAGCAUUUAGACUAAGAAAAGGAAAAGUAGAAUAAUAGCUCCUACUCAACUAAUAAUUAACAAACUCUUCUUAAUACACCUUUAUAUACUAAAAUAGUUAUUGAUAAAAUAGUAAAUCAAUUAACCUGUCCUUCAGAUGAUCUUGAAGUUGAGUUGCACAUACUGCAUAUGAAAUAACUUGUUUAGGAAUAGGAAAAGACUAUUCAAAGAGCUAUGAUAGAAGGAGAAAAGACUAGAUUUAAUAGAAAAGCUUGUGAAUUUUCUUCUGUUGAGAGAGAAAACCCUCAAAAAUACGAUGCAGGAUACUAUGAACAACAACUAUAAUUGCAAUAAUAAUAUCUAAAAGGCUCUUGGUCACAUAAUAAGAAUAAUGCUGAUAUCUCUUCUACCUAGUAGCAACCCUAAUUUGUUUAUCCCUAGUCAAAUAGAGACCAAGGAGCAUUUGACUAAAGCUAAAGAUUCUUGAGUGAUAAUAGCCAUAAUAUUCUUUAGUCUAGGUGUUCAAACAUAGCAUAUACCUCAUCUAGUAACAAUGUAGUUGCAUCAAACUCCAAAGCUCCUUUAAGUAAUGCAAAUAAUCUUGGCCAAUAAAAUAUUUAUAAUGACAAUCUAAAGCAAAAUUCUAACUAGUAAAAUUCUUAAGUUUCCUACUAACAAUAGUAACAAACAAAUUUAGUUUCUUAAUAAGAAAAUAACUAAGAAAGCAAAUACAAAACUAGCAGUAAAAAUAAUAAAGAAAAUAAGUCUUCAUCAGCAGGAAAAGAAAAUUCAGGCUCUUCUGUUGGAAUUAUAAAUAGUAAAAUCUCAAAAGAUAAUAAAAAUAAAAAGAGGGCUUAAACUCAAACUAAAAUCCAAUAAAAUUAAAAUAUUUCUUCAAUGGAAAACAAUGCUACUUCAAGUAACCUACCUUAGUUACAUUAACAAAUGAGUGCUCCUCCUCAAAUAGGAUAAUAAUAAGUACCAAUUAAUUAAUAAUAAAGUACUCCAAUCCAUUACAAUAGGUAUCCUGUCCAUUAAUAAUAAAAUUAACAAUUUUAUGGAACAGCUUAUGGAUUUAAGAAUAUGUAUUAACUUCCCCAUUAAAAUCCUAUAUACUACAAUUAAUCUUCUUACACAACUCCAAAUUAUUAACCUUACUUAUAUCCUUAAAAUUAAUAAAAUGCUUAUUACUAUCCAUAGGUUCCUGCACAGAGAAUAACAACAAAUUUCUAAAACUAAUAUUGCAUCUAAAGUACUAAUAAUAAUAAUAAUAAUAAUAAUAACAGUAAUAGUAAUUAGCCUUUAUUCCCUAAAUAAGAACCAUAUAUUGAAGAAAAUGGAGAUAUAGCAAGCUAAAUAGAAAUUCCUUUAAUGGAAAUUAAUAAUAACAUAAAUAAUAGUAGUAGUAGUAAUAAUAAUAAUAAUAACAACAACAAUAACCAUUCCUUAAAUUAAUCUAAUUAUGAAGAUUUCUUUAGAAAUUAAGAUUAAGACUAAUAAUUACCACUCUAGCCUCACAUCUCAAGACAAAUGUCUCUUUAAUAAUCAAGCUUAGAAGAUUAAUUAGAUUAAGGUGAAGAUGAUGAUAUGAUAAAUAACUAUCUUUCAUGA